CCUUUGUUGACUAGUUCACACACCGCAUUCUUCCUUGAGACACAGCCACAGGCUCGCUAACACGGAAUAUUAAUUACAGUCGGGAUGUUUGGAGCAGUGGUGGUUGGCAUCGGCACAGCAGGUAGUGUGAGGAUCAGAGACAUUUUAGCUCCACUGCCUAAUAGUCCUGCAGAGAAACUCACUGUCAGAGGAUUCACAUCAAGGAGAAGCCUGGACAGUCAGCAGGGGGUGAGCCAGAUCUCAGUAGAAGAAGCUGUGAGCACAGAAGACAUUCAUGUGGCAUUCAUCUGCACUGAGAAUGUGUCACAUGAGGAUAACAUCAGAACCUUUCUGCAGGCAGGGAAACAUGUCUGUGUGGAGUAUCCCAUGGCUAUGAACUACAAGGCUGCUGUGGAGCUUUGGGAUUUGGCCCAGGAAAAAGGAGUGAUUCUUCAUGAAGAACACAUAGAGCUGCUGUCAGAAGACUACAAACAACUGAAGAAAGAGGUGGAGGGGAAAAUGUUGGAGGAAGGAACUCUUCAUUUCACAGGUGGACCUCUGAAGCCUGGGUUUGGUCCAUUAGCAUUCAGUGGCAUUGCUCGCCUCACCUGGUUAGUGGAGUUGUUUGGUGAACUCUCAGUAACUGCAGCAACCAUAGAGGAGGACUCUGGUAUCAACUUCUGCAAGAUGACUGCAAAGCUGUUUACUGCUGACAACAAACCUCUGACAUGGAUCGAGGAACGGAGACCUGGUCUCCCCAGGACCAAGAACAUCAACUUUCACUUUGGUUCAUGCACUCUGACCCAGAUCCCUGGGGCACCCAGAGGGGCUGUGGGCCUCUUCAUGCAGGACCUGGUCCACUUUUCUGCCAAGUUGGUGGGCCAAGUGAGUGCAGAGGAGCUCAAGAGAGAGAAAAUCAGGAUCCUACACUGCUUGGAACUGGCAGAUAGGAUACAAAAACUUUGCCAAAGAUAAAUGAGUAGUCUACAAUUUAUAAUAGUCAUCAUAAAUCUUGAUCUCAUUUAAACAUUAUUUUUUUUAUGUAUUUAUUUGUUUAAUCACCAUGUCCUUAAGUUUCUGUAUUAUAAGUCAGGUUAAUUAUUCAUCACUCCGGUGACUAUUAGUGUUUGAAAGCUGAGUCAUUGAACUGAAUAAAACAUUUUAACAUAUUCAGCACAUAUUUAUACACAGGUGCCUGAAAGUAGACUAAUAUGACUUUUGGAAAUGACAUACAGAGCAGGUAUCCAGCAUACAGCAGAGAUUCAGAAGGUUACAGUUAUCAUCACACUCAUCAUACUCUUCUUUUUCAAUGUAUUGUUUUUAUUUCAUGAAUGUACAAAAAAGAAUUCACAAAAUAAAGUCAUAACUGUUUGUCUUAAGAUUCACAAUACCCCCUUGAAUCCUUGUAAGAAGUUCAGUAGUCUCAGGUUCUGCUCACAGAAAGAGUUUGUUUUGUUGACCAUCAUAUAACAGUUUUAU